AUGGGGACGGGAGUGGACCCUCAACAAAACCAAGAAUGGAGCAAAGAUUGCUGGGAGUACUUGGCAGUACCGGUUCUCCCCUCCGACCCGUGCUCCUCCUGGGCUCCCCUCUGUCUGUGGUUUGCAAACAAGGCUGUUUCAGCCCUGCGCGGCACAUGUCUAAACAGUUCCCGCCUCCCCUCCCUGAAACCCAUCCGCUCCGCACCCCGCAGGAAUCCAGCUUCCACCCUCGGCCUUGAAAUCUGCCUCGCACCCAGCUUGGCAAUGACCUACUUGUUCCCAAGCGCAACGGGCCGGUCGGGCCUCACCUUACCCUGUCGGACCGCCCCUUCUUGGCAUCGCAAACCCACCCACCCACCCACCACGCCGCCUCCCGGAGCUCCCGUCCGGCUCAACGCGGCGCUACCCGCAGCCUGCCUCCAGCCACAGGAACGCCCCCCGCCACGUCCGCUGCGGCCCGUCCCUGUCCCCACCGCGGGCUCGCCCAGCGCGCUGCGAGUGCUGGCGGCGGUGCAGGAGGGCCACGCGCGGGUUAAUUCCAAAGAGGGGUAUAUAGUCGACCUGGUGUUCAGCACAGAAAGCUACAACCCGGAGGAAGAUGAGCCACGCUUGGGGAAGUGUUCUGCUCGAGUGUUUUUCAAGAAUCAGAAACCCAGACCAGCCGUUAAUAUAACUUGCACCCGGCUCGUGGAGAAGAAGAAAAGACAACAAGAGGAUUACCAGCUUUACAAGCAGAUGAAGCAACUCAAAAACCCCUUGGAUGUGGCCAGCAUACCCGAUAGCCAUGGCCAUAUUGAUCCCGCUCUGAGACCCAUAUGGGACUUGGCUUUCCUGGGUAGCUCGUACGUGAUGUGGGAAAAGACAACCCCAUUUCUACACUACUACCUGACACAGCUCACCAGCGUGAAGCAGUGGAAAACUAAUGAUGAUGCAAUUGAAUUUGACUAUACUGUUCUACUUCAUGAAUUCUCAACACAGGAAAUGAUACCCUGUCGAAUUCACUUGCUCUGGUACCCUGGCAAACCACUUAAAGUGAAAUACCACUGUCAAGAGCUGCAGACACCAGAAGAAGCCUCUGGAACUGAAGAAGGAUCGGCUAUAGCACCGACAAAGCCUAGUAAUUUCUAAAAAGAAAAAAAUAUCCUGCUCACACCAAAUUCUAGACAAAAAUGACUGCACUAGCAUACAUCAUUAUUCCAGUAAAACAGCUAAGAUACAGGCUUUCUAAUAAAUCAGCCUAUGAUUACAAGUUGAUACUCAAAAAUUAAAAGAUGCUGAGUUUCUUGUUU